AGUGAGAGUGUAGGCCACCGUCAGACGCACAGCCAAGCGACUGCAGCAGACCUUCCCCGGCAUUGCUCUCAAACACAAACCCGACUCAGGAUGACCGAGUUCAGCGCAUCUGCCUUCACGCUUGUGAUCUGCGCGGCCGCUCUGCUGUCCAGCGCUGAGGGCAUCCCCAGACCCUUGCAUCUACGCUGCGAGUGCAUCAAGACGCAUUCGGAGCCAACGGUGCCGACCAACAGAAUACUGUCUCUGAGGGUGAUUCCGCUGGGCGCACUGCAAAAACGAGGAGAUCAUCGCCAGGAUGAAGAAAGGAAGCAUGUGUCUGGAUCCGGCAAAAGCCUGGGUGAUUUCUCUCAAAGAAAAAUUCAACAACAGAAGCGUCAACCAUUUAAAGAGCAACUGAAGACAACUGGUUCAGCUAUUAUUGUAAUAUAGAAUUUUUUAUUUUGUCGUCUCUGGUUUAUAAAUGAAGUAUCGAAUGUGAAGCUGCGCCUUUUCUACCACCUGUUUUAUGAAACUUUACUGUAACCUAGCCUGACCUUCAUCGUAUUUUUUUAUUAAAUUAUAUUUAUUGUUGUUGCGUCGCUGAAUUGCAUUUUCAUGUUUAAAAAGUUUCGCGUCGGUCUCGGAUACGUUUGACACGUUUGCAAUAAUAAAAAACAAAAAAACUUGU